CGUGGAAGGUCUUCAUGCUAUUGUAGUCUCAGACAGAGAUGGUGUGCCUGUUAUCAAAGUUGCCAAUGAUAAUGCUCCAGAACAUGCACUGCGACCUGGCUUUCUGUCCACCUUUGCCCUUGCCACAGAUCAGGGCAGUAAACUAGGACUUUCUAAAAACAAAAGUAUCAUCUGCUAUUACAAUACGUACCAGGUGGUGCAGUUCAAUCGCUUACCUUUGGUAGUAAGUUUCAUUGCUAGCAGCAAUGCCAAUACUGGGCUGAUUGUAAGUUUAGAGAAGGAGCUCACGCCCCUGUUUGAAGAACUGAGGCAGGUUGUUGAAGUUUCUUAACCUGAUGGUAUAGCCGGAGUGCAGCAUCCCUCUGCAGCCCAGUGGACAGAAAGAUUCAAUAAUCCUCAGUCAAAUAACACGUCUUGGAAGAAAUACCACAGCUCCUUAGUAUACUAAGAGUACAUUGUACAUAGUACUGAAUCUGAAAUGAUCUACUAGUGUGUUGUAGGUGGAUGUUACUUUAGGCCAUGCUUCUUGUAUUGUGCAGUACUGGAGAGACCACCGAAAUAGCUCCCAUGGAGUUUAGCUCAGCCAGCUGAGCCAGAUCGGCACAAUGCUGUUGGCUCAAAUGAGCAACCCACAGAUCUCUUGCUUUACAGGGAAUCAGGCACGUGGUGGGGUUUAUCCUCAGGCCAGCUACCACCACGUGUUGGAAAGCAGAUAAGUUGUAUAGUGUUAUCAAAGAUGUGGUUGAAAGAGUAUUGUGAGAGCAAGUUUACUAGCAGUGAUGUGUUGGUACAAUCAAUAGAUAUCCCAGCUUUCUUAUGUGGGUGAUACUUUGGCAAAGGAAUGCUACUAAUCUGGAUGCUAGCUGCGUCCUGCUUCCACCAAGAAGAAAGCUAUUUCUAUGAAAGCUGUUGCUUCAGGGGUUUUCCUGAUGCCCCAAUAAAAGCACCCAAACAAUGUCUCACUUCUUCGUGGGGUUUUUGUGUAAUAUGGUUGUGAAGAUUCAUGUCUCAUAGUCUUUGUGUGGGUUCAUCACUGGUGACACUCUCAGCUCAUUUACCCUUAGGUUUUCUGAAGUAAAUAAAUAUAAAUAAAAUACAGUAUUUUUAAAUGACAGA